AAAAAAUCAUGGCCACCCUAUAUACUAUUAUGUGAAACGUGGAUCAACAUUAUAACUUAUCUAAGUUCAUAAAACGUUUACACUGUAUCUCACCAUUUGUGGGCAAGUUGUAUAAGUGACUAGUUGUUUUUAAAGUUAAAAUCCAAAAUGGAGGCCGUAGUGUUCGAUGGAAAAUCCCUUACUCUAAAAUACGACAACAAGUUCCCCAUGCCCAAACUGGUGAACGAUACAGACGUUAUUGUCAAAGUGGAAUAUUCUGGUGUCUGCGGCACCGACCUUCAUAUCAUACAGGGAGAGUUCCCGGCAUCGAAGGAGCGUCCCCUGCCUCUUGGUCACGAAUUCAGUGGAGAAGUUUACGAAGCCGGCAAGGCGUCUGUGUUCAAGAAAGGUCAGAAGGUGGUGGUCGACCCUAACAGAGCAUGCAACCUCUGCGAGUUCUGCCGCAGCAGCAACUACCAGUACUGCCUGACAGCGGGCAUCAACAGCACCAUAGGCAUCUUCAGGAACGGCGGCUGGGCCCAGUUCUGCCUCGCGCCGCAGGACCAGGUGUACGCUUUGCCGGACGGCAUCACCACCGAACAAGCCGGACUAUGUGAACCCUACUCCUGUGUCGCCCACGGGUUCGACAGAGCCUCUCCUUUGAAAGUCGGCCAGAGAAUAUUAAUCGCGGGCGCUGGAAUCAUUGGAAACUUAUGGAUAACGACUCUUCAUCACCACGGCCACCGCAACGUGACGGUGUCAGAAAUGAACAAAGCAAGACUUGAUAUUGUCAAAAAGCUAGACACUGGUUUCAGACUAGUAACGCCUGAUGUUUUGGCGUCAGAAAAACCACAGUUCGACAUUAUUGUCGAUUGUACAGGUGUCGGCAAAGUAAUGGAGAUAAACUUCAGUUAUCUUCGGCACGGCGGGAAAUAUAUUCUUUUUGGAUGCUGCCCACCCACACACCAGGCUUCAGUAAACCCAUUCAUAAUUUACGACAAGGAGCUGACAAUAAUUGGCGUUAAAAUUAACCCGUUCAGUUUUAAUAACGCUAUCGGUUGGUUGCAGGCUAUGGGGAGCAGGUACUUAGACUACAGCAAGUUGGGAGUGAAGACUUACGCACUAUCGGAGUACCAAAACGCACUAGACGAUUUGAAAGCCGGUGCCAUAUCCAAAGCUGUGUUUAAAAUCAAAUGAUGAUGUUUUAUUGUUGAAAAUUAAAUGUUAUUGAGUUUA